AUGAAAUUUACAAUCGUGGGGACAAUGUUCACCAGUUUGACGGCCUUCUGGUAGGACAGUCCUCGGGCAUAUUAGUAGACACUGAGUGCUUUUCAAGGUACUUUAUUUGGCAGGGCAUUAAAAAAGGCAGGUGCUGUGUACGUAAGAACAAAUUUGGCAUAUACAAGCAGUGUAGAAAGUGGACAUAUCCUGUUGAGGAACUCUUGAUCUCUUUAACUACACUAAAAAAUACAGACAUUUGAAUGCUUUCUUGAUUGCUAAUCUGCCGUUUUAUAAUAUUUUUAUAUUUUUCAUUCUUAGCUGUGUUUCUGGUUUAGGAGUUUCUUGUUUAGGUAAGUGACAACAGUUAAUGUGUUCAUUAUAUUGAGGCUGCCUAUGUUUGAGAGGGUGCCUAUAAAAUAUUGGCAUUCAAUAGCCACCCACCCAUUAGUCCAGAUUCGAAUUUGUCAUGGCUGCUGAAACCGCCUGCAAAGACUUAUUAUAUAGGGUUAGCAUUGACCUAAAGUAAUUCACAAAUACCGACAAUAAGGUGUCAAAAUUUGAGUUUAAAACAAUAGACACAAUUGUAGAAGGUCUUCUUCUGACUAGAAUUUGUGAAAUAUUUUCCUUAGGUUUGAAGAUUUUCCCUAACUAAUGAGUCUUCGGUGCUUCUUUUCAGUGGCCGUGAUGAAUUAGAAACAGGGGGGAUAAAAUUUUUAGUUUGAUUUUCAUUUUACCCGUCUUGAAAAUGUACUUGCCAAGAAAGAAAUAAUUGUAAAUUGCACUCUGAAUAUAUAUGUUGUGGUUCAAGUAUUUUUAAACCAAUUUAAAUUUUUCAAACUUAUUUGAAACUUUUAAACACACCACUCAUCCUCAUUUAUUUGUGCCUCUGCCUGUAAAAUACACUGUGUAAAAUAAACUUUUGCUUUUAAGGUGUCACACGUCACACAUUCAUAUAAUGGCCUCACAAUCUGUUUUUUUUUGGUUUCUGUCCUGUUCAGCCGCAGCUGUCUUGUUGCUGAGUCUGGAUGAAUUCAUGUCCCCCGAUCAUGUCAUCUCCAAGAUGCGACAAGUAAGAGGUCAGCGAGCCUUUCAAACAGUAAAGGUAUUAUAGCUAAAGCAAACUUGUUUUCUCUUACUGUAUUAAUUAACGCCAUAAUCAUUAGCCAACAUGCCAAAAAAUUAAACUUAACCAUUCAAUUUUUUUAUAAUGAAAGUUUCACUGAUCUAAGUCCGUGAUCAAGCAAUUUAUCGCCAAGGAUAACCCAGUGAUCUACUGAUGUCCUGUUCAGGGGAGUGGAGUGGUAACAAUCUUAGUUCUUCUUAUUACUGAAACUAGAAUAACCUCCUUUGGUCUUCGUUUACUCACUGUGCGCGUUUACCUUUUUUAGAGGGCAGGUAGUGCUUCACUGUAGGUUUUAAACUUCCCGAGGGACCUGACAUUAAGUGUUUUGUUAUAUUUCUAGACUUUCACUUCAACAGCAACAAAAGAAUAACCAGAGCGAAUCAAAACAGUUGACUCGGUAGUUAUAACGGCACAAAUUUAAUUCUCAAAACCCGCGUGAAUGAAUUAAUGAUUUACAAAUUAAAGUAUAAUUUCCUUAUAUUAUCUGCAUCUUUCUUUCUCCAUUAACUGCCGUUUUUCCUCUGGAAUAACUUUAAAAAUCGUUGCUUUUUAAACGUUUUUAGCUUGAUGCUUUCAUGUUUGUGUUGUUGUGUUCAUUUACAAAAAAAGAAAACUGGCAGUGUUUUUCCCUCCUUCUGUCAUGCCACUUUCCACCGUACUUUGAUCACGUGCUGUAAUGUAUCCCGAGCUGGGGACAUUGCUUAAUGUAUCACGACUGGGAUACAAAUGUCAUUUGAUUUUAGUCAAAGCCACGUGACCAAGAAUCAACCAAUCGCAGUCCCUGUUUAGUUGAGUGAAAGUCUAGGAAUAUGCUAUUUCACCUGUGAAGAUAUCAUAUGUUUUCGCACAAAAGCUCAGCUGGUAUUUCAUUGGUGUUUAUAUAAUAAAUGCCGAUAUCUCAAACAUUUUUAAACCUACAAGAAAAUAAAUAACAUUUUCUUAAAGUUUGACCAUGGUUUAUUAAGGAUGCCAACAAUCAUAGAAAUUGGUUAAAUCGUUCCUGCUAAAAAUGUGAUAGGUUCAGGCCACCUUAAUGACAGUGACUGAGUUUUUAGUUAAUAUAUAUUUCAAUAAAAUUUUUCAUAUUAACUUUAAAAGAGUGUUCGACUUUGGCAAGUUAUUUCUACCCCUAAAGAAUAUGGGCUUACCUCUGAAGAAUAUAGGUACUUCCCCUGAAGAAUAUGGGUACUACCCCUGAAGAAUAUGGGUACUACCCCUGAAGAAUAUAGGUACUACCCCUAAAGAAUAUGGGUACUACCCCUGAAGAACAUGGGUUUACCCCUGGAGAAUAUAGGUACUACCCCUGAAGAAUAUAGGUACUACCCCUACCCCUGAAGAAUAUGGGUGCUACCCCUUAAGAAUGUGCAUACUACCCCUGAAGAAUAUGGGNUUUAGCUUGAUGCUUUCAUGUUUGUGUUGUUGUGUUCAUUUACAAAAAAAGAAAACUGGCAGUGUUUUUCCCUCCUUCUGUCAUGCCACUUUCCACCGUACUUUGAUCACGUGCUGUAAUGUAUCCCGAGCUGGGGACAUUGCUUAAUGUAUCACGACUGGGAUACAAAUGUCAUUUGAUUUUAGUCAAAGCCACGUGACCAAGAAUCAACCAAUCGCAGUCCCUGUUUAGUUGAGUGAAAGUCUAGGAAUAUGCUAUUUCACCUGUGAAGAUAUCAUAUGUUUUCGCACAAAAGCUCAGCUGGUAUUUCAUUGGUGUUUAUAUAAUAAAUGCCGAUAUCUCAAACAUUUUUAAACCUACAAGAAAAUAAAUAACAUUUUCUUAAAGUUUGACCAUGGUUUAUUAAGGAUGCCAACAAUCAUAGAAAUUGGUUAAAUCGUUCCUGCUAAAAAUGUGAUAGGUUCAGGCCACCUUAAUGACAGUGACUGAGUUUUUAGUUAAUAUAUAUUUCAAUAAAAUUUUUCAUAUUAACUUUAAAAGAGUGUUCGACUUUGGCAAGUUAUUUCUACCCCUAAAGAAUAUGGGCUUACCUCUGAAGAAUAUAGGUACUUCCCCUGAAGAAUAUGGGUACUACCCCUGAAGAAUAUGGGUACUACCCCUGAAGAAUAUAGGUACUACCCCUAAAGAAUAUGGGUACUACCCCUGAAGAACAUGGGUUUACCCCUGGAGAAUAUAGGUACUACCCCUGAAGAAUAUAGGUACUACCCCUACCCCUGAAGAAUAUGGGUGCUACCCCUUAAGAAUGUGCAUACUACCCCUGAAGAAUAUGGGUUUACCCCUGGAGAAUAUAGGUACUACCCCUACCCCUGAAGAAUGUGCAUACUACCCCUGAAGAAUAUGGGUUUACCCCUGGAGAAUAUAGGUACUACCCCUGAAGAAUAUAGGUACUACCCCUACCCCUGAAGAAUAUGGGUACUACCCCUGAAGAAUGUGCAUACUACCCCUGAAGAAUAUGGGUUUACCCCUGGAGAAAUUCAUGAAAAUUAAAGCUUCACCCCCAAAGAAUUCUAUAUUUUUUUGCUCUACCCCUCCCCUCUACCUCAAUGUUCAUAACUUACCCCUGGAGAAUUCCAUGGUUCCUCAACCAGUGGCGUGUGGAUAUUAAAUGCAAAAUUCAAAGCCCUAAACUAUUUUACUCAGAAAGCUGACAUUCCAGUGUCCUUUUAAGAGUCAAAACUGGAUAUUUCGCUCGUGUUACUCUCCACAAAGUUCCACAAAUGUUAGAUCGAGCUUUAUAGAAGCUGCUGGGCUUGUGAAAAAGCUCAGUCUUGGCAAAAGGUGUCUCAUGCUUAAGCUUUCUUCGAAAAACAAGUCACGCCAGUUUGUUGCCCUUAUAGCAACCUCAUUCCUAGUACCCCUCCCGCUCCACAGGGACAGAGAGGACCCUGGGAACGAGGUUAGCUUUACAAGGGAGUUUUAGCCCCGUGUUUGCACGUGACGUCACGGCGGCCAUGUUGGUGGUCAAGAACAAAAGCAUUUUUCUCCUCUGGGAACUAAACUCUAUUUUCAUGUAAAUUCUUCGAGGAAAUAUUCUUUUGUUUUGACCCCCAACAUGGCCGCCUUGUCACGUGGUUGCAAACCAAGAAUUGAGGGAAGCCCUGUCUCUAAUGUUGUCUUUCCUACCUUCAGCAAUACAAUUUUGUCCAUGAAUUCCGCGAUAUGUAUAAAGCUUAUCAAGAUGAGCAAAGAAACUCCACAGAAGUGGCAGCUCCAAGAUCGCUUUCGAGAUGA